CCACAACAUCACGACGGCAUCAGCCUCCUCGCCGUGAACGAGCCCCAUCAACCCCCAUCGCUGCUCGGCUGCUCCUCUCCCAACCAUGGCGGCCGUGGCGCCUACCCACGACAACCUCGACCCCCCGCCGUCCACUCCUCCCAGCACGGCAACCCCACCUCAGGCCACCGCCACCGCCACCGCCACAUCCACCCCCCCGAACCCGGCAACCCCUAAUCCCCCGGCCUCCAACCCCACGAUGUCAAGCCCUAACCCUAACCCCGUCCCCGCCUCCGCCCCCGCCCCUCCUGUCGUCAUGCCGCUGAUGUCCCCUGCUCCGGUAUCCUUCGCCCCUUCCUUCCGGCCGCUGGGUGCACCGCCCCCGCCGCAGGUGCAGCAGUACGGCGCCAUACGUAAUCCGGGCUACCUGAUGGGACAGCAGAUGCAGCCGCCAGGCGUGCACCACGUGAUGCGCCCGCCGACCAUGUACGCGCCCCAGCCGGGUCCGUACAUGCAGCAGCCGGGCGUCGCCGUUCCUCCCGGCGUUCAUCGUUAUCCUGGACCAUACACUAUGAUGCGUCCAAUGUUCCCUCCACGCCCAAUGCCUCCUGUUGGUGUCGUGCAAAUUCAGCGGCCAGCAGUAAUUCCUGGAAUCCGUGGUGCUCCUCCUAUGGUAGCCCCUCCUGCCAGACCGCCUGCUCCAGCUGUUACAACUGUUGACAAACCACCAACUGCAGUUUAUGUCGGGAAGAUUGCCCCAACAGUGGACAAUGGUUUGCUUCUUUCACUUCUUCGGAUUUGUGGACCUGUCAAGAGUUGGAAGCGCACCCAAAAUCCAAGUAAUGGCAAACCAGUAGCAUUUGGCUUUUGUGAGUUUGAAUCUGCUGAAGGCAUCCUUCGUGCGACACGGUUGCUGAACAAAUUGAACAUUGAUGGGCAAGAACUAGUGGUUAAUAUUAAUGAUGCCACCAAAGAGUACUUGAAGAAACAUGUUGAAGAAAAGAAGAAGGUACACGAGAAUGCCAAAAAAGAAGAAGAUGAAGGUGGGGACGGGACCUCUGCUGUUGCUGAAAAUGAAUCAUUCAAGCUCAUUUCUGGUAAAACAGAUGAAACAGAAGAUUCUGGAGAUAAGGAUAGUGAAGAAAACACCAAGAAAUUUGGGAUUGUUACAAAUGAAGAUUCUGAGGCUGAUAAGGCUGCUGCAGAACAAAUACACAGUAUGAUUGAAGAGUGGUUAAAGACUCGACCCCUGCCGCCGCCGCCGCCACCCCCGCCGGUUCAACCAUCUGCUGAAAUCUCAUCCAAACAUAACAAUGGGGAGUCUGUUGUCGACAUGGCAAUGACUGAUUCUGAAGAUAAUAAUGAGGAUUACAUUGACAAAAGGACAGUUAGUGAAACUGAAAAGGCAGAAACUGACUCUCUUGAUAAGAGGAAAGAUAGAGAACAUGAUAAGGAGAAGCAGGAAAAAGAAAAAGAUCUUCAAAGAUAUGAGCGUGAGCGUGAGCGAGAAAGAGUCAGGAGGGAUAGAGACAAGGAACACAAGCAUAGAGAAGUGGAAAGGCUGUACAAAGAUCACCUUAAGGAGUGGGAAUCCAGGGAGAGAGAUAAAGAAUAUCAAAGACAAUACGAGAAGGACCGUGAGAAGGAAAAAGAACGUGAACGCAAAAGGGAGAUCAUGAAGCAGGAAGAUGAUAGCGACGAAGAGGAUUCAAGGAAAAGAAGACGAAGGGGCAGUAACGCACUUGAAGAGAGGAAAAGGCGGAGGCAACGUGAAAAGCAGGAAGACUUGGCGGACAAAUUAAAAGAGGAACAGGAAAUUGCUGAAGCAAGGAGGCGUGCAAUAGAGCUGCAACAGCAGGCAGAUGAAGCAGCUGCGGCAGAGUCUGCUAUAUUUAUGGAGGUUGAUGGUGAUGAUUGGAAGGAAACAGAUGCACAAAACAAGCCGAUUAUUUCAGAUGACGAUAAUGUUUUCAGCAUUGCUAAUGGCGUUGAUGCAGAUGAUGGCAAAUCUAACAAGGACUGUAACGGUGACGAAACAAGUACGGUACCUGGUCAAAUUCUAGAUAUCAAACAAAAUAGCAAUGCUCCAGCAAAGAAGUUGGGUUUUGGUUUGAUUGGCUCUGGUAAACGGACAUCUGUUCCAUCAGUUUUUGCUGAAGAGGAUGAUGAUGAUAAUAAGGAUAAACGUAUAAGACCUUUAGUACCUAUUGAUUACUCCACUGAGGAAUUGCAAUCUGUGGAGGCAGAUUCUUAUGCUGACCAACCAAAUAUUGUAGCAGCUGCUGAGUUCGCUAAGCGCAUCUUGGUAUCUAAUCAAAAGGAAGAGCAGCCUGAAACCGAAAGGAGUAGGAGAGCCAUUGAUAGAUCGACCCUAAGGGAUAAAAGUCGAAUUGAUGAAGAUGGUGCACGUCUUAGCGAUGACAGAAGAGAAAUAAUGCCUGAUCGAGACAAAGAUAAGCCCAAGUUAGAGAACAAGAAAAUAUUGGAUGCAAAACAAUUGAUUGACAUGAUUCCAAGGACAAAGGAAGAGCUUUUUUCCUAUGAUAUUAAUUGGGCAAUAUAUGAGAAGCAUGAGUUGCAUGAUAGAAUGAGGCCUUGGAUUUCGAAAAAGAUAAUUGAAUUUCUUGGUGAGGAGGAGUCGACUUUGGUGGAAUAUAUUGUUUCGUGCACCAAAGAUCAUGUCCAUGCAUCGAAAAUGCUGGAGCUCCUACAGUCAAUUUUGGAUGUUGAGGCUGAAAUGUUUGUCCUUAAGAUGUGGAGGAUGCUAAUAUUUGAAAUUAAGAAAGUUGAAGCAGGACUAUCAGGAAGAGGGAAGGCUUGAAGUUGAGGCAAUGGUCUUGUAUAACAUUUUUCUGCCUUUUGUCCGCAACUGUUUGUGCUAAGCUUAUGUUGUAAGACAGCUGCUGUAAACAUUUGAGUGAGAUCGAAUUACUGGUUCCCAUAUCUUCUGAUGUCUAUUGUAGAAAUGUAUACAUUAGUUUUUGAUGCUCAAUAGGUCAUUGUAGAAUCUGAAGUUGCUGCA